AUGAGUAUAAACUGGGUCACAUAUAAAGAAGGUUCUUUAAAAGAACCAUUCCUUCUUGAAAACGAAUGUAUUUUUGCUCGCUAUGAUGGAAUUGCGCUUUCUCUUAUGUGCAAUCCUCCUUCUUCGAAAUCUUGGGCCUCUACGCAAGGAUGCAUGUAUCUUACAAACCAACGAAUCAUAUACAUUACUGAAGAAGAGAAUAACACGUUUUCUGAUUUUCAAGUACCAAUCGGCAAUUUCAAAGAUACAAAGUUAAAUCAACCAUUUUUUGGUGCUAAUUACUAUUCGGGCGUAGCAACGCCAGUCAAAAAUGGCGGAAUUCCUUCUGAAGCAGAGGUCAAGCUUCAGUUUAAUGAAGGUGGAAUUUUUCAUUUUGUUGAAUGUUGGAAUCGACUAAUCCAAAGGUAUCAGGAAGUCGAUAGUGCUUCACGUGUCCAACACUUAGAUCUCUUACCUCCUUACCAUCGUCCAAGUUCUAGCCAAGAUCAACCUCCCCACUAUGAUGAAGCAACUAACCAGGUAUAA